AUGAUGGCGAGAUACCCGAAGGAACCUUCGCUAGAAGAACAGGAAGCAUUGCGUUCUUUCGUCUACUUGUUUUCACGGCUCUACCCCUGCGGCGAGUGCGCGUCACAUUUCCAGGGCCAUCUGAAGAAAUACCCGCCGCAAGUCUCGUCGCGUGAUGCAGCAUCAGGCUGGGCCUGCUUCAUACAUAACGAGGUAAACCGCAUGCUAGAAAAGCCCGAGUACGACUGCAAUAAUCUUGACGAUUAUGAUUGCGGAUGCGGGGACGAAGACGAAGAUGCAGAUCCUGGUCUAGACAAGGGCUUGGCUGCAAUUGUCAAGUACGAUACGAAGGAAUCGAGCCAGGACCAUGCUUCUGGCCCUGCUGUGGAAAUCACCAAGGAGCCGUGA